AUGCAGCCAGCGAGCGUGAAUGCAAGGAAGGAACAAAGCACUGAAGCUGGGGUUGAAUGGAGGUUGCCCAGAACGGAAGGGCCGUUCAGUGAAUCUGAUAAUGCCCAGCCCCGCCCUAACCGGAACGGACCCGAUUUAUCUCCUCCCCGCCCAUGGUCGCUGGCCUUUCGCGCGUCCCGACGCUAUGACUCGGUACGGGGGCUGGGCCGGACGCGCCCCAAGAAGCUCACUGCGAAGGCGUCUAUCCCGAUCGUCCAUGAACAUCAAAUUGAUGUCAUCGAUGAUGAGCUUCAAUCUACUCUCCAGCAGAUUGAAACAGGUGUUGAAAAGGCCGAGGAGUCCGAAUUCCACUUGCAGGUCGCGAUCAAUGCCACAGCCCAAGGAAAAGUCAACGCUGCGCACAUCCCAACUCCCGAAACCAUCCUCAGCAAUCUCCAAUAUGACGAGUUGUACCCACCUCUCUUCUCGCAACCUGCGACAUACAUCCGCUUUUCUUCCACCGUGGAAGACUGCUGUGGUUGCCCGUACAACAUGACAGAGGAAGACGAUGUCUUUCUCAAGAUCUUCAAUCAGAAGUGCGGUGGCUCAGGUCGCUGCACAGAAGACGAUUUCGAGGCAACUAUGAACUUUUUCGAGGAGACAGCGCAUGCGAAACAGCCCUACGCAGCUGUUGAUAGCCCACCUGUGCUGGCAUUUGCCGACAUGGAGGAGGCCAUGGAUGCAACAGUCGAGGAUAACGUCAAGCACUUCGCGAAGCACAUCUAUGAGCAUUGGAAGUCGCGCCGCGCUGUGACCGGAAAUCGUUCAUUGGAACCUAAUCUGAAGUUCGAAACCGGACAGGACACCGACGAUAGCGACCCGUAUGUCUGCUUCCGCCGUCGCGAAGUUCGCCAAAUUCGCAAGACUCGUGGCCGAGACGCGCAGAGUACCGAGAAGCUGCGGCGACUUCGCAAGGAACUUGAAGAUUCGCGGCAGUUGGUUGCUUUCGUGCGCCAGCGCGAGGUUGCGCGCAACGAGAUGGUUAGCAUGGACCAACGUCUCUUCCGACAGCGCUCUGAGGUCAAGGACAUGAAGCGGAAGCUGAACAUCAAGGAUGACGAUGAGGACCUCAUCAACCAAAAGCCCAAGAAGAAGUCGCAGCCCGAUGUACCAUCUCGGCAACCCACUGCUCCUCAAAUCCGCAUGCCUCUCAAGGCUGGCUUGCAGGGGGCAGAGGAUUUGCAGCUUCUGGAAGAUGUUCAGGCAGAAAAGGAAAGUGAGAUCAUGCGCGAUAUCAAAAUGAACAUCGCCAAGCACAUCAAGUGGAACGAAGGAUAUGUGGAUCACACUCGUGCACCCCUCUCUCCUGCUGUGGAGAAGACGUUCGAUGAGGCUACCUUCCGCCAUGCUAUAACCGCGCAACUUCCAACGCCACCCUCUUCGAAUGCAUCCGACGCAAUGGAUACAUCGCCAGAUGUCACCAGUCCUCUGGCCGCCCGAGACAAGCUUGCUCGGCGAGCCGUUGAUCUCCAUGAAGAACCAUCUCGUAUGCCGUCAUUCCGACGACGAGUAGGUCGGGGCGGUCGUUUGAUGAUUGAUCGGCGAAACGUCGCGGCAUCCCGAGUCGAGAUGGACCCGCUCAAGGCCGAUCGAUUCAAGUUCGAUCAAGAGGAUUCUGACGAAGAUAUGUCCUAUGAUACCGACGGGUUCAGCAUCCAACUCAUGCAGCACCGUGCCAUUACCAUGGCCAAGGCUCGGGAGCAGGCCGCGGUGGCUGCUCAUGCGCAAGCGCAGGCGCAGGCGCAGGCAGCCCCGUCCCGAUUCCCACGAGUAAUCCAGGAUUCGUUCGGGAACCCCAUCCCUCCUGCAGGAAAUGCCGGUAACCCCACGGCUGCUACCUCGUCUGAGGGUUGA